CCGUGUGGUCUUCCUCUACUCCGAAAUUGGGAUGUCCAUGUUCUACUUCUGCUGCGUAUACUCGUCGGAGACUGGCGCGUGGAGCGAGCGGGUCUCUUUUUCACGACCCUUGCGGGAGGAUUGCUGUCGAGAUGGCACCUAGCGUCCUAGUGGGAGAUGUCCUCUACUUCAAUGCCUCUGGCUCUAAGGACAUCAUCGAGUACCAGCUUACCACGCCUCGCUUGUCAAUUUCCGAGUUGCCACUCCUGUCUGAUGGGAGACUCAUGGUGGCGGAAAAUGGUGGGCUGGGUUUCGCUAGCUUGGAUGACACGAGCCUAACCCUGUGGUCAAGGCAGACAACCACCAAGGGAGAAGAGAGAUGGGCGCAAUGCCGGGCAAUCGAUCUCAAGAAACUGCUUCCUGAUGGCAGCGUCCCAGUCUCGCGAUGGGAACAUUAUCCUAGCGCAUCUUUGAGUGGUGUUGCUGAGCGUGCUGGUAUCAUUUUUGUGGCCACGGGUCUUUGUGUCUACAUGGUUGAACUCAAGUCAGGACGAGUCAGAAAUGUGCUCGUGCUCGAUGAGCUCGAUCCACGCCAGGCAGUCGUUCCUUACAUGAACUUCUACUUUCCAGCAAUGGAAGCAGUUUCUGCGGACGAGGAGGACCAGCAGGGAGUGUAUUUCCAAUGACAAACCCUAUAUGCUGGAACAAGGUGGAUUUUACAUAUAUCGCUGCUGGGGCUUUGGGGGGUACACAACUCUUUAUAGCACAAGUUGGGCUUCUUUGUAAGGUGGUAAACCAUUCGUAUUCUUCCUUCCCCCCUGGCUCUUUAGUUUGGAACAUCAGCUUGCAGUGAAAAGCUGGACUGCCUGCUAUUUUGCCAAGAAAUAUCAAUGCUUAAGAAAAUGAGUGUAUGAACUAUGAAGUGAAAACACCAUAUGGUAUGUGUAAUCUCGGAUGCAUUGAGUUGAUUACUAUGCUACCUUUAAUUUGGUUUGCUUUAA